AUGACUGGGGAUGGAGAAGACGUUCAUCCGGGUCCGGUGCCGAAACGAAGUGGCUCAGUUCCAACGUUGAGGGAUGAUCAAGAUCGCAAUAGCUCCAUAGAGGUGCUCGACUCAUCAUCAGCGGCGAGCACUGUGCUUGCCGUACCGACCCAGACAGAGCCGGACGUCGGCAUGACAGAAGCUCCCAAAAUGUCGUUGCUAGGGAAGCGCCAGAGUCGCGAGCAUGCUGCCGAUUCCGAGCACUCUUCCGAGUCUGGUGCAAACGUCAAAAAGGUGAAGCUGGCGCAGGACCGGGCCAGACAAGCUGUCGCAUUAAACAAGCUGCCGAAGGAUAAGUCUCGGUUGUCUGCUGAGGUUUGGCAUCACAUCUUCAGUUUCUGCCCCCCACGAUCACUGGGCAAUUUGCUACGCGUUAACAAAUUGUUCAACCAUUAUCUUGAUCCUUCUUCGUCACUGGUCAACAGAGAAGUUCCUCUUCCAACCGCCAAGGGAGUUUUGGGUUUCCUCAAGCCAAAUGUCAUCUGGCAGCUUUCCAGGCGGCUUUUUUGGCCACAGAUGCCUGCCCCUCUUCGGUCAAUGGCCGAGAUCGAUAUGUGGCGGCUCGCUUGCUCAUUAAAGUGCCAAAAUUGCAACAAGCAACCAGCACAAAGCCAUGCUGCCUUGUCUGAAACAUGCUCUACAGCAGCUGCUCCUUGUCUAGGCCCGGGCCUGAAUGGUGUUGCUGUCAUCUGGCCGUUCGCUAGUCGCCUCUGCGGCCGCUGCUUGGUAAUGACCUCGACCAAGGAAAUCGACUUCAUGGUCACUCAAUCUACCCCCUCCGCAGUUCUUCAAGGGAUUGCGUUCGCCUACGUAACGCCAGACCUCCGCAUUCAGCCAUCCAAUACGCCUGACACAGAUAAACUAAAAUUGUUUUCCGCCACCGACGUCGCCGAAGUGGACAAGGAGUUCCAUGACGUCCAAGCCCUCGGUCCUGGAGCCAUGGACGAAUGGAUGAAGGGCCUCAAUAACCGUGGUAAGAAUAUGCAGAAUCAGGCAUUAAGGUGGGAGAAAUGGUAUAUGUCAGGUGGCGUUACAAGGAUGCGUACCGAACUUUAUCCAGGCUAUGUUAACAUCAAGGUCUCAUCGAUCCCGAAUUCAAACUCCGCAACGCCUGCCGCAUCGCCAACCUCUUAUCCAAUUGCUCUACCCGCAACCCGAGCACAAGUGCCCUCAUCGCAGGCUUCGUCUCAACCACGACAAGAAAGGACCGCCGAGGAGGUCGCUGAACUCAAGGCCAUCAGAAAGGCUGAAAUUGAGCGACGGGCUCUACUCUUGGAUCCUCCCCUUACACCCGAUGUCCUUCGGCAUCUUCCUGCGUUCGAAGCGGCCAUGCAGAUUGUCCUCCCGUUCCAGGACAAGGAUUGGGAUUUUCUUAAGCCUAGACUCCUCACCCAACGAGGUGAGGCAGAACACCGACACCCUGGACUGCUUGUGGUCAAAGAAGAGGCUCAGCAGAAUCGCACCGAGCGUCGUCAACUCGAGGCGACACUGGCAACAACGAAGGAGGCGCGGGAACUUAUCGAUAAGCAAUGGGAGGAGACGCAAGCGCCAUUGCGUGUGAGAAUAGCCGGUCUUGCUGACGAGGCAAUUCGUCAGACUUGGGGAAAGGGCAAGAAAGUGACAAGGGAUAACUGCGCCAAGUUUGCCGUUGAUGUUCUUUGCUACAUACGAAAACGUUUCUAUGCUGAGGUCGCCGAGAAGGCCGCUGCUGCUCACUCCGUUGGCCGAGAAGUCCCGGUCGAUCCUCCAGAGGGCCCCUUCACCCAAAAGCUUACCUUGGAGAACAUGAAGUGGAUUUUUGAUACCAAGAUCAAGCCUCAUACGGAGUCAUACCGCAAAGAGCUUUUCUAUUGCAAUGGGUGUGACUCAAACGCGAAAACAUUUGGCUUUGAGGGAGUAAUCCAACACUACGCAGCCAAACACACGACUGCUCUCAGCUUAGGCACCAUCGUUGUUCAUUGGAGGGCAGAGUGGCCGCAGUACCCUCCUUUUCGUUAUGAGCAUCAACUCUCCAAACAACUACCUCACAACCACGGCUUCCGACCAUCUUUUGUUGGUAGCUUGGGAGUGCCUGUGUUGCCACAGGGACACGACUACCCGUCCACGAAUGGACACGCCGGGCUUCCUUCCUUUCAAACCUAUCCAGCACCUGGAUAUCAUACUGCGCUGUAUCCAGAACAGUAUCAGGCAAUCCUUCCGCCAGUCUACCCUCAAGGCCACUAUAAUCCCGCUCCACAGCAGCCCCUUUACGGACAGCCGCCGCUCCCACCACCACAGCAGCAGCAGCAGCAGCAGCAGCCUUAUAUAGCUCAGCCGCCCUUGUAUCCGCCUUACCAACAUCCGGCUACAACGUACCCUCCCCUCGCUACCAGCGAGCCGCCACAAGGAUAUGGGCCACCGCCACCUGCGGUACAAGCCUACAACUACAACUCUUUUCAGGCAAAUGCUCACAGUUCGUACCCUGAAAUACAACCUCCUGGAUACCCCGACGGCUACCAGAUCAGGCUCGAGAUAGUUGCUCGGUCAUCGCGCGAAACCUGGAACAGUCUUGGGGUUAUCAGAGACCUGCCAGGCAGCAUUAGGGUCUUCGUCACGAUCCAUCAUCUCGUCAAACGGUUUCAUGCAAUGUUUGGCGAGGUUCCUCCAUUUUCCAUGUUCAUCGAUGGUCUUUCCAACAAUAAGGACAUGCGGCCUGUGCGGAACGUGAACGGACUGGUCUGCAAAGCCUGCCAUCUCAAACUUGGAAAUGCUCCGCACGUAGUGGAAGAACGAAAAGCGUUUUCCCUGCCGCAGCUGGUUAAUCACUUCCAAUCCAAACAUAUCGAGCCUAUGCAGGCUCAGGGAGUUUACCCACUGCUUGACUGGAUCAUGGAUAUGGUUUUGCUCCCUAAUCUCGAAACACUUUCAAAAUUGAGGACCUGUGGCGAGCCCCAGAGGGGUAUGCUUGCAGAUGCUCUGCCAUAUCUCUUCCAACCCCGUUUGACGUCUGCUCAACAAUACCCUUCACCGUACCCGGUGCUGUCUAAGGGUAGGCACUUCGAGUUCUCAGGACUGGAGCUGAACGGUCUCGCCGGUCGUGAACAACCAUACAAUGGGUCCCCCGCCCCAAGGCAACAUUUAUCGGCUGGUCAUCCAUCUGGUAGAGACUCCGGCAACAUGGUCCUACCUACCCUCACCAAUGGCCGCUCUGAUGCUCCUCAGAUUGGCUAUGUUUCAGAGCAACAACCAAGCUUGAACUUAUCCGUUCCGGAUACCUCUGACUUUGGAAGAGACGUGCAAGACGAAGGCACGAUGGCUGAAGCACGAAACCUUCUUGAUGACAGCAGUGACAUGGAUAAUCAGGACAGGCAUGUGAAUCUUCACCCAGCCAUGGAGAGUGCCCGCUUAUCCUUUGAGGAAGCCAAGAAGGUUGAGGCCGGAACUGAGGAGCGGAACAAGGGAUGGAAUACAAGCAGGACUGAGUCCGGCAAGUCAUAUUCCUCGUACCAUAACUCUGGCGCUGGCGAACAUGCCAAUCGGCCGCGUGAAGCUUCAUUAGUUUUUCAUCCAGCAACCCACACGCCUCCACGACCCUCGAUGGCGGUUAGUCGGGCAAUGCAACCCUUGUCAAUUACUGGACACGAAGAAAUGUCCAAUUUACAGCACCAAGGACACCCUUCGGCGGUUGACCAUCGACAUAGAAAUUUGAACGAUCGCUCUUACACCAUCGAGCACGGAAUGGCCGCAGUCUCGGGCGCCGCACCCCCGUCGAGAAUAUAUGAUCGCUACGACGAGGAUUCCAGACGUUCCAGGUCCCCGGUGUACGGUGCCAGUUACCAGUCGGUCCCGGCGGGAAGAGAUCGAAGUCUGUUGAUGCAGCAGGUAGCACCAGCCUAUCUCUCUGGGGCUAGGGUACCUCCUCUGAACGACGAGGUGGAGUACAGCCGCUAUCGUUCACAAACAGUUGUGUCGGAAUAUGUCCCAAGGCGAGCUGACACUGAGGUAUAUGGCCGACCUCCUCCCCGGCCGGAGUAUCAUGAUCAAGACCAAAUCCCUAGACCGGAGUACUACCGCAAUUUGGUAGACGCCCGGUCUCACUCACGCCAACUGGCACCAGCACUGCCUGCCGACACAUAUGAGAUCGUGCAAGUUAGGGACGAGCAAGGAGAGUAUCUCAUCCGGCGCCCCGUGCGACGGGACGCGGCAGCCCAAUCUUUCCACGAUGCAGGACGUAGGGCCCAUCGGGACGCGAAUCCUGACGGUGCGGCUUCGUAUGCUGACAGCGAGCAGCCUGUCUGUACCGCGGAUUCGCGCGAGGCUCCAUCCGCAGCAUAUACUAGACAUGGUACUAUGGUGAGAGAGGACACAGAGCGAGUAGCCCGUGGAAGGGAUCCUUACUAUGAAGAAUAUGACCCUCGGUUCCCGGGUGCCUCGUGA